GCCAGGCCCAGCGAAGAUCAAUCCAUAACCAUUUCAAUGGCAUCAUCCUUCCCGCCCAUUCCUCCUCUCUCUCACGCGAUUUUCAUCGAAUUCAUUCCAGAAACAUCAGUGUGUUGAAGAAAUAUGGAAAGGCCUCUCACUCUAAAACCGUUGAGCAUCCAAGAUGAAAAUUCUGUCAUCCACCGUAAAAAAGUCACUACUGAUGGCAAAUCGAAGACAUCCAUACCAUUGCCAAAGAAGGGUGGAUUUGCACGCGAGAGUCGUAAAGCUCUGAAUGACAUUACUAAUAAGUCGUCUAUUCAUCGUGAGACAACCUCACAGAGUAAAAAGUCUGGAAAGAAGCAGUUUAAAGUUGCUGAAAUUGGAUUUUCAAAUCAGAAAGUUUUUGAGUGUGAGGCACUGUCCAAGAAAAAGAUUUCGGUUAAUGAGAAUCUUAACAUUGAGGAAGAAGGUUUCUUGCACGACCACAGGAAGUGCAUUGAUGCACAAAAAGCUACUUCAGCAGCAUCAGAGCUUAAUUUCUUGGACACAGUUCUUCCUGGACAUGGCUCGACAGACGUGAUAAUGGAACAGACAAAGGGUGAUCGAGAUCCUGACAACUGCAAUCCCAAACUGGAAGAGUUAUCAAUGCUAGAGUUUUCUGAUUGGUUCAAGCCUUGUUGGAAGUCUCCUCCUUCACCACUUUAUCAGGAGUGUCCUCUGCCCUCUCCGUCUGUAUUAGAGUUUGAGGCAGUCGAAUUAGAGCUCAAGGAAGGCGAUGACGAUGAUAUCUAAGAGUGUGGUAACAUGAAAUGCAUUUUGCCUAAGGACAUAUGGAUUAUGUAGCAUGUUUGAUAGAAAAUCAAACUUACUGUCGAGUAAAAAGCUGAUAGUUUUGUGAUCAGUUUUGCUAACUGCUAGCCUUGUAAUUUGCUGGGCCAAACUGCCAUUCACAUUGGAGUGAAAUAGUUUUGGUGUGAUGAGAUAAAGACUUAGAUUCAAUGCUUGUGUACUCGUGGAUGUUGGAUUAUGUAGUUAAAUCAAGUCAAAAUAAUUGACAUUGGAGUAUAUUAUAAUCCUUGCAAUUUGCU